GGAUAGGAUGAUUAGCUGUGUGUGAAGGCAUUUGCUAAGCAGUGCCAACUCCGCACAAUGGUCAGAAUCGCCAUCGUUUUGCUUGGCCUUUUGACCAGGGCAGAGGAGCUCUCUUGCCGCGGAAGAUGCAACCUCUUGAUGUUGCGCGCCGCGGGCGCCGCAUGCCAGUGCACCAAAUCAUGUGUACAGUCUGGCUCCUGCUGCCAGGACUAUCAUUCCCUUUGUGCACCGAGCGAUCAGGAGAUUAGUCAAUGGCCAAGUGGAGCCGACUCUUUCAAGACAGUGAAGACAGUGACCAUCGGAAAUGUCUCCAUGGAAGCCAGCGCAACUUGUCCAAGUUUUGGACCUGCUUGGGUGUCCAUCCUGGUACCUGAGUGGGUACCCGUCCAGGUAGAACAGGAGCGAAAGAUGUUUCUCUAUUUACCUGCGGGUGUGCGGAAGGCUCCAUUGUGGUUUGCCUUUCAUGGUACCAACCAACAUGCAGAUACCUUUGUGAGUUGGACUGGUCUGGGAAAAUUUGCUGCAGAGAACGGCAUUGCCUUGGUGGCAUUGCAAGGGAUGAAGUCCUCUUAUUACAACAAUCUGACACGAUUCAAUGUAGGUGCUAACAGCGAACGGAUCUCCCCAGAUGGGCCAAAGGAUGUAGAAUUUGUGCAAUUGGUUUUGCAGACAAUCUUGCAGUUGCCAUGCAUCGACAAAGACAGAGUGUAUUGUACAGGCUACUCCAAUGGCGGAAGGUUUUGUAGUCGUUUGGCGUCUCAAAUGUCAGAGCACUUCGCAGCAAUUGCCCCUGUCAGUGGCCUUCGGUAUCCUUUCAAGAACAAUGCGACCAGAGCUGUCCCUACCUUGGCUUUCCAUGGUGAUGCAGAUCCGAUCAACCCUUUCUAUGGUCAUGGAGGCCCUUACUGGAAAAUUUCAGUGCCCAGAGCUUUGCAGCUCUGGGCAAAGUUCAACGGAUGCCGAUGGAGUUCAAAUGCACCAAUGUUCUUUGACGUUCCGCAUGAUCACAUGUCCAUGGCUUUGUAUGACGAGUGUCACUCUGGAGCAACGGCGAAGCUGCUGAAGCUUCAUGGAGCCGGGCACCAGUGGCCAGGUUGUAAACAUGGCAUCCCAGGUCUUGGCAAGGUCAGUGCCAUCGAUGGCAACAAGAUGAUUCACGCUUUUUUCGAUUCAAAGACCCUUUCAUCCAGUGUCCGACAAGAGUACCCCCAUUUAAUCUGAUGCGAAAGUCUUUGAUUUGCUCAGGUAGAACUGUUUAGCUAAAUGACUUGACCGCCAGAAAUGCCGCGAAAAAAAA